GGUUAGGGUUUUUAAAGGUGGCAUCCAAAAAUUCCUUCGCCACUAGUCAAGCGACUCUUCAACAGAAAGUUCAUCGUUUCUCAGAAGAUUUAUUUUCCCCAAAUCCAGUUUUUCUCGAGCCCUAGCAUCUUUCAUCAGGCUCCCCAUCAAAUCCCACCGCAUUUGGAGGAUCUCCGAUCAUGGGAAACACCGAGAAAUUGUUGAAUCAGAUCAUGGAAUUGAAAUUUACUUCGAAGUCGCUGCAACGCCAAGCCAGGAAGUGCGAGAAGGAAGAGAAAGCUGAGAAGCUCAAGAUCAAGAAGGCUAUGGAGAAAGGAAAUGUUGAUGGAGCCCGAAUUUACGCGGAGAACGCGAUCCGUAAACGAACAGAACAGAUGAACUAUCUCCGCCUGUCCUCGAGGCUUGAUGCUGUUGUGGCUCGGCUCGACACACAGGCCAAGAUGUCCACGAUUAACAAGUCCAUGGCGUCGAUCGUAAAAUCCUUGGAAUCUUCUUUGGCGACUGGAAAUUUGCAGAAGAUGUCCGAAAAUAUGGACCAAUUUGAGAAGCAGUUUGUGAAUAUGGAGGUUCAGGCCGAGUUUAUGGAAAAUGCAAUGGCCGGAUCUACGUCGCUCUCGACUCCGGAAGGAGAAGUCAACAGCUUGAUGCAGCAGGUCGCGGAUGAUUACGGUCUGGAAGUCUCCGUCGGGCUACCGCAACCGGCUUCACAUUCAGUGCCAACGAAGGAGACCGAGAAAGUUGACGAGGACGACUUAACGAGGCGCCUUGCAGAGCUCAAGGCCAGAGGUUAAUAGAAAGACAUGACAUCUUAUUGCUGUGUGAUGUAUGUGAAAUUUACGCAUUUAGAAAUUAUGAGUUACUGGGCUUGCUAUGAAUAAUCGAUCUAUGUUACUAUUAUGUCUAUAUUCCAGUAAACACACUUUCAGUGGUGAUUUCUUGUC